AUGCUUGUGCUGAGCCUCAGAUCCUGUGACGACACGACCCAGCUGGCUUCGCCGUCCUUCAGCGUAAAGCUGUCGAACGACUUUUUCAGUAAUUCCAUGCAUUCGUGUACUCCUUCCCGCUCAGCAACGCAAGCAACAAUCGGUGAGUACGCGCUUGCGACAAUGUCCAUGUCUGACCACUCCUCAGGCGCAAUCCUCUCUCCGGCCCCCCGCGCACUCUCCUACCCCACCCACCAUCCUAUGUUUGACAUCACCCUUGAUGGACCUACGCCGUGUGCAUUUAUAUUCCCCAGUACCGUGCAUGACACCAUUUCGAACGGAAGCAGUGACCCUCCACUCCCCUCUCAGCCGAGUCUUCUGAAUCAACUCGUUCAACACUCCGGAUCUCAACCUGCAUGCGCUACUCACACUCGCUGCACACCAUCGCCGCACAGCCUCAACCUCCAAAACCUGCUCGACCUUGCAAUUCAACUUGCAGGGACUGAGCGACGACUAAGGCAUGGUGAUGAAGACUACUUUGUACAGCCCAAGAACGCGUUAAUCCUUUACCGACGCGAAUUCUGCUUGCAGAAGAACAGGGCAGAGGCUGCUAGUGAUGCGGGGAUUGGGACCGUAGAAAUAAUAUAA